AUGGGCGAGGGCAAACCGUUGGUUUGCCCGUUUUGUGGCUGGACCAAUGAAGCAGGCGAAUAUGAAAUGCUACUGCACAUGGAAACAUUGCACGCCGAAGGGGAAUCGCCAUGCGUUGUGAAGGAAGAUUGGUCACCAGCCAGCAUCGACACUCCCGAGGACACCCCGUAUACCGAAUGUCCCGUUGACGGCUGCGGUGAGCUUCUUCCGCUUCAGGAGCUAGAAUACCACAUGGAGCUGCACGCCGAAGAGUCUAGCGAUGACCUCCAAGACGAAUCUGCGCCGUCGACAGAACCACACGCAACAACAAAGGAAGCGGAGCUUUUGUCAUCUGGGCCGUCAAGGGCUCGUCGCGAGGCAGAAGGAAACCGAGAGCCCAACCAUAGCUCCACGAGCGAGCGCCAGGCUAAAGCCAUCUCCUCUUGGCGGCAGCUGCUUAGGAUGCCCGGCGCCUUGACCGUCAAUGUGUUUCUGCCUAAGUCGCUCACACGAGAUGGAAAGCAGGCUGGCGUCGGAUCUAAUACCCGUUCGUUUACCCGUGGCAGGCGCCUAGGUAGGGCACAGCUGGGAAAAUACGCACACGAGGAGCGCAUGCCGGACUCGCUAGUCAACCUGCUGAGGAAAAAGGGCCAAGUCACGGCGCAAGAUGUCAUCCCGGUCCUGGCCCAGCUGCUCGAGCAGAGCUCGUCGACAAAGUACGCCUACCUCUGCCACCCAUGUGUGCAACACGUGUCAAAGCUCAAGCGCGAGGGAGGGUUUUGUGGGUACCGAAACAUCCAAAUGCUGGCGUCCUGGAUCAUCAAUACGAACUCGAAAGGUCACGAACACUUCAAAGGCGCCAUCCCUUCCAUCUUCCAGAUCCAGGAAUACAUAGAAACCGCAUGGGAUCGGGGAAUCAACGCGCAAGGUCGUGUUGAGACGGGCGGUAUUAGGGGGACUAGAAAAUACAUUGGCACGCCUGAGGCAUUGGCCGUGUUUGCUUUGCUGGGCAUUCCAUGCGAGUGCCGGGCGAUAGACCAUCGGGAGCCUGGCAAGUCGGAAGCACAGCUCAUGGAAUACGUCGAGGAGUACUUCCAGUCAGGGGUUGAGGAUCCAACGCAACGCAUCCGGAGGACGAAUCUGCCGCCACUUUACUUUCAGCAUGCCGGCCAUUCCAUGACCAUCAUCGGCCUGGAGAAACUCAAGAACGGCUCCAAGCAGCUGCUUGUGUUCGAUCCUUCCUUCCACGACUCCUCCUCCAUCCUACGUCUUGUUGGGAAGAAGUUUGUCCAUCCACUGCCGGAUCUGCCUUUGAAGCUCUACCGUCGGGGGAAUAGGUACCUUCGAGCGUACAGGGAGUUCGAGCUGCUACGCUUAGUCGCGAGCUAG